CAUCGGUCUAUUUCCCUUUUUCUUUUAACAACCAACGAACCAACCAACCUACCCAUCUAACUCUCUCCACCGCCACCACAAAGCAACACACAAUCCCCACAAUCCACAGAAAUGGCACCAAACCUCUCCUUAUUCUCGGUGAACGCAAUCCUGAUCCUCUCCCCAGACGGCACUCGAGUCCUAGCGAAAUACUACCACCCACCCCACAGCCCCGCCACCGCCGCCAACAAUGCAGCAGCGAGCAAUCCCUACCCAACACUGAAGGAGCAAAAACCCUUCGAGAAGGGCCUGGUGGAGAAGACGGCGAAAUCCAACUCGGACAUAAUCCUCUACGAUAGCCGCAUCGUCGUGUUCAAGGCGGAGUCGGACGUGAUGCUGUACGUCAUCGGCGGGGUGGAGGAGAAUGAGAUGUUGCUGUGGCAUACAUUGCUGGCGUUGAGGGAUAGUUUGAAUAUUUUGCUCAAGAAUGCUACGGAUAAGCGCACGCUACUCGAGAAUUAUGAUAUCGUCUCGUUGGCUAUCGACGAGAUUGUCGAUGAUGGGAUUAUCCUCGAGACGGAUCCUGCGACCAUUGCUGGUCGCGUGUCCAAACCCCCCAUGCAGGAGGUUGGGGGGGUUAAAGGGUUGGAUCUGAGUGAGCAGGGAUUACUGAAUGCUUGGGAGUUUGGGAAGAAGCAGUUGGCGGAGAGGUUGAGGCAGGGCCUUUGAGGCGGAGGUCAUUGCUAUGGGAGGAGGAUAGUGGGGGGUGUUUGUGGGUUCAGUUCCUCUUAAAUACAAAAUAAAAAUGAUGAUACUAUAGCAAUGGUGGUUUAGAUUC